UCCCCCCUUUCCCCUCUCCUUCUCCCCUCCCCCUCCUUUGCCUCAAAAACCCUAACCCUAAUCCUAACCCUAACCCUAAACCUAACUCUCUCUCGAGUCCAUCUAGCCAUGGGAAAGUUGAAGGCGAAGAAGGUUCGCAACAACAAGCGGAACAACAAGAGGCGCAAGCUCGGCCUCAAGCCCAAGAAAAAGCAGAACCACCCCGCCGCCGCCCACGACCACGACCUCGUUCUCUUCGGCGCCGAAAGCGGCAGCGCCUCCGGCGUCCGUGGUGGCGGUGGGGGAUCUGAUGACGACUCCUCCGGCCUGCCCACCCCCGACCGCCUUCACCGCCUCCUCGAGCCUUACACCAAGGACCAGCUCAUCGGCUUUCUCCUUGACGCCGCCGCUGCCGACCCCGACGUCCUCGCCCGCAUCCAUGUCGUCGCUGACCGCGAUGUCUCCCACCGCAAGAUCUUCGUCCACGGCCUCGGCUGGGACGCCACACGCGAGACCCUCCUCCAGGCCUUCGAUCCCUACGGACCCAUCGAGGACUGCAACGUUGUCGUUGACAAGGUCACGGGCCGCGCCAAAGGCUACGGCUUCGUCCUCUUCCGCUCCCGCGCCGGCGCUGUCCGCGCCCUCAAGCAGCCCCAGAAGAAGAUCAAGAAUCGCGUCGCCUCCUGCCAGCUCGCCUCCAUCGGCCCCGUCCCUGCCUCUGUCGGCGCUGCUGACACCGCUGGCCGGAAGAUCCACGUCAGCAACGUCCACGCCGACGCCGCCCCCGACAAGCUCAAGGCCUUCUUCGCCCGCUUCGGCGAGAUCGAGGCCGGGCCAAUCGGCUUCGACAUGCUCACGGGGAAGUCGAGGGGGUUCGCCCUCUUCGUGUACAAGACCCAGGAGGGGGCCAGGAGGGCCCUCGAGGAGCCCUACAAGAUGUUCGAGGGCCACCAGCUCCACUGCCAGCUUGCCACCGACUCCCAGAAGGGAAAGGCACCGGCUUUGGCCCCCUCGUCGGCGCUGCUCGGGGCGGCUUCGCAGCCCGUUCUGGCAGCGGUGGCAGCAGCGCAGAACCUUGCACUGCUUGGCCAGAACCCGGCAUACAGUGCGCUGCUUGGGCAGAAUCCUCUGCUGGCAGCUGCAGCGCUGAAUCCAGCAGCGGCUACAGCGCUGAACCCAGCAGUGGCCACAGCUUUGCACCCGGGAGCGGCUGCAGCACUGAAUACGGCAGCAGCUGGAUUGGUUGCUUCUCAGGGUCAAACAUUGGGAGGGGGGAUGGGGGUGGGAGGAGCAGCUCCUUCUCUGCUCGGGGCUUAUGGGUCUCAGGUGACGGCUGGUUUGCAGGGGUUGCAGUCAUAUGACGGGACGCAACUUGGGCAGUCAUCAUCCUUGAGGCCUGGUGGUUCUUUUGGAGGGUUUCCUUCAUACGUAUGAUGUGAUGAAACAACUUUAAGAUGGAAGGUAUUGGUGCACUCAUGGGUGUCAAAGGCUUCUGUUUCAGUGACCGGAGGAAGGCGCAUUGCUUGAAGAAUUUGGUUCUAGUUCCGUCUCAUGUGCUGUAUAAGGUCAAAUGAGUACAUUUUCUGGAGCUUGCUCAGUCUUUCCUUUUUUUGAGUUUGGCUUAGUACUUUAAUUCUAUCAGACAAUCUUUUAGUUAUGACAUUUCUUUUAUUUAUCUGAAAUAUUUUGGUAUUGCUGUCAAAACUUAUAUUAUUUCAUCAUUUCAUUUGUGUUUCUGUUUUGCCAA